CUGAGCAGCGAGCGAGCUGCCAACCUGCGUCUGCAGGGCCGUGCUGCUGCUGCUGCACAUCAAACACUGAUGAGCCCAACACAAGACACACUGGAACACUCUCCACCUCCACCAGCUGCUGCACGGACUGUUUUAUCCCAGCCCUGCAGGUGUGAACGACCGGAAGUAGUUUGGUUUGUGGCAGCAGACGAUUCAAGAAGAACAAGAAGGAGCAGGUGCGCUGCCUGCCGGGAUUGUCUCUCCAAGGCAUUUGUCUCAGAGGGUUACACACUUGGGGGGAGGCUGUUGUUUGCUGUCACUUCCGGGGGAGCCGUCCGUGAAUUAGCAGAUCACAUCACCGGUAAGGAGGAAGAGGAGAAGUUCAUCAGCAUCGAUGCUCCGUGCAGGAAGGAUGGAGGAGUUUGUGACGGAGGAAGAGGAGCCGUGGUACGACCAGCGGGACCUGGAGCAAGACCUGCACUUGGCAGCCGAGCUCGGCAAGACCCUCCUGGAACGCAACAAGGAGCUGGAGGACUCCCUACAACAGAUGUACAUCAACAAUGAGGAGCAAGUGCAAGAGAUAGAGCACCUCUCCAAGCAGCUGGACAUGUUGAGGGAGAUGAACGAGCAGCACGCAAAGGUGUACGAACAGCUGGAUGUGACUGCCAGAGAGCUGGAGAUCACCAACGAGAAACUGGUGCUGGAGAGCAAGGCCUCGCAGCAGAAAAUAGACAGGUUGGAGGGCACCAUGGAGACCUUGCAGAGUCAGGUUGACAGCCUUACAACUCGGGUGGAGGAGCUAAGAACUCUGGAGGAGCUGAGGGUCCGUAGAGAGAAGAAGGAACGCCGCAAGACUGUGCACUCCUUCCCCUGCCUCAAAGAACUCUGCACCGCACCAAGGUAUGAAGAUGGUUUCCUUUUGGCCAACCCGGGCAGUGUGGACCUGGCUGAACGACGUCCAGUAGAUGAGGAGAAUGAGCGUCUGAGAGACAUCGUGUCUUCCUUGCGCACAGCUGUGGCCACAGAGCGCUCUCAGAGGGAGGGCGCUGAGCGGGAGUGUGCUGCUGUGCUGCAGGAGUUUGAGCGUCUGGAACAGCGUCUUUUAGGAGCUGAGGGCUGCCAGCUGCGGGUCCAGGAGCUGGAGGCUGAGCUCCAGGAGAUGCAGCAGCUCAGGAAGUCCAGGGUGUGUCUGAUCGGGGGUAUGGAGGACGGCUUGGAGACGCUGCUUAGCAACGGCCCUGAGACAGACACCCCAGAGGAGAGCGUGGCGCUGGAGGAGGGAGGUGACGGAGGUGAGGCAGGAGGACCAGGGCAGCAGGGAGGCCCAGUGAGGAAGAGCUGCAGUGACACAGCUCUGAACGCCAUCUCAGCCCGUGACGCCUCAGGUAGGCGCCAGGGCAGCUACGCCCUCCAUGCUAACGGCGUGCGCAAACGUGGCAUGUCCAUCCUGCGGGAGGUGGAUGAGCAGUACCACGCCCUGCUGGAGAAGUAUGAGGAGCUGCUGGGGAAGUGCCGGCGUCACGAGGAGAGCCUGUGCCAUGCUGAGGUGCAGACCUCGCGACCUGUCUCCAGGGACCCCUCCAUGAAGGAGUACAGCAUGGUCUCCGCGGGACCUUCGACAUCAGGGGCCGUCGCCACCCCUCCCACACCCCCUCAAACUCCCUCCACCCCAGAGGCACUGGAGGGGAUCAGCAGGCAGGUAGAGCAGGUGGACAAACGGCUCAGCCAGAACACGCCGGAGUACAAAGCCCUGUUCAAAGAGAUCUUCUCCCGCUUACAGAAGACCAAGAGUGACAUGAACUCCACCAAGAGCAGGAAGGGUCACAAAUGAGCUGGAGCUGCUGAAAACAGUGACUGCACAAGAUUUAAUUUACCUCACUGUUGUGAAGGCUUCUCUUAUCCUACAUUUCACCACUCCUGACUUGCGGGUGGAUGCCUGUAGUCAUGGCGUUGGCUGAUUAAUGAUGCAUAUUGUUAGCGGUGGAGGCUGAUUAAUCUGAAACUGCCAAAUGUUAUAUCUCCCUACAUGGAUGGAAGAUCGUUGAUGUGGAUGAAAUGCCUUUUUCUGAGUGACCAUAUCUGACAGAUAAUCAGAACAGAGGGUUUGUUUCUGUCUUAGGACAGUGUAGUGUGUGAUGUAGUAUUUGUAAUUGAGAUGUGCUGAUGCAGAAAUGACUUAACUAUUAUUUUUUAUUCAUAGAAAGCAACAAUUAAGCCAAAUAAUACUUAAAAAGAGAAAAAAGAACAGCCAUUGGCUUUGAAACUACUUACAGCAUUUGAAGCAUGCAUCUGUCUAAUAAACACUAAGUGCUAAAUAAGUCUUAAAAAGCAGGUUUAAACUAAAAUCACACAAGCUUUUAAACCAGCUUGAAGUUGCUUGAAGAUGCAGCAGAGUGAUAUUUAACUGUGUGUUCUGAAUUUGUUGUGUUUGAUGACAAUUUGUUUACUUAAAUGGUUUAUUAUAUCAUGUGACGGAGAUGAUGCCUGAACAGGUGGAGAUGCCUCUGUGGUGUUUUUACAGCAUGCAUUACAAGCUGCAGGGGAAUGAUCGCUGUGUCAGGGAUGCGUUUGAUCAUUUCAGACAUUACGACAUCAUCAGUUCUACGUGUUACCAUUUCACUGUCAACGUUGUUCUUGUUGAAGGCCAUUUAAAAUGUUUUCUGUUGAUUAAAAUAAGAAGUGUAUCGACCAUGUUCCUUUACUGUUAAAGAGAAACUGUGGUAUUUUUUCACCUGGACCCAACUUUCCCAUGUUCUUGAGUCUAAGUGAUGAAUGGAAACAAUUCUUAAAAUCGGUCCAGUAUUAAGAGCGAUGCAGCUACAACGGUGAAUGAGGCUGCAGUGUAAUUCCUAUGGACAAUUGUGCAUCAUCAGUAUACAUCGAUUUUAAGUGCUUGUUUUUGCCGCUGACAGGCUCAGAUUGUUGUGACAAGAGUUUGACAGCAUUAUGGCAAAGACCCUGCAGAGAAACUAAAUGUUUUUCCUUAUCUUUCACUUGUUCCGGUCUGUUUUGUGUAUUAGUGUCACUCAAGGAGAAGUCUUGUUCUGAAAUCUCGCAAGUUGUGACAGAGAGCCUAGCUUCAUUUUAUCUGAAAUAUUUAUCAUCAUGGCAGAAUAUUUAGCAAAUUUAGACAUUGUGGGAAAAGCCUGCGUGAUUUCAGAGGAAGACUUCUUGAGCGAAACUUGGUUACACGAACAAACAGGUAAGGAAGGUGUUUCAAUUUAGCCAUGACAUUGAAAACACUAAGCUACCCUUUCUGUACUCCAACACAACAGUCUUCCUGCCACUUCUCUUUCCAACUCUCACUAACCUUUCCACUGUUGUUUUCCCUGCGACAAGUCACCUCUUGCGAGAUUUCAGAACACUUCUUGAGCGAGACUUGGUCACACUAACAAAUGCACAACCUGACGGUGAAGAAAAAUGUUCCAAUAUCAAUCUGAGCCCGUCAGUGGCAAAAACAAGCACUUUCAGUGGACAUGAAUGGACAUUGCACAAUUGCCCCAUAGGGAUUACAU